AUGUCAUUGUGCAUCAGACUUUGGAUGUUGCAGACCGAACAGAACCGAGGCGGUGAUGAAGAGGGAAUUGAUGAUGGAUGUGUAGGCAGGCUGUGCCCAAAUGAUGAGGGAUCCAUGUCUCUAGACGAUGCCACUCUAAAGGCCAGGCAUCAGGCCAAGCCACCUCAGGGAUGGCCUACUGGGGGCGUCUUAUCCGUGGUGCAUGGGGCUGUUGGUAGUCCCAGCGGUCACAGCCUGCUGACUGCACAUCAUCUAGACAGUCUUUGGGCAAGCUGGGGCUUUUCAUGCUCUGAGAAAGUCAGGUCAAGUUUGUAUCAGGUUGGCAUCCCUCUCAAGGGUUUUCAGCUGAAAGCUCUGUUUGCUCGAGUGGAGAAUGGUGAAGAGCUGUCUUUGUUUGAGAGCGGUGGCCGCCGCACGCCUCAGAAACAGGAGACGCACACGCUGGAGGCUGUCAAACUUGUGGAGUUCGAUCUGAAACAGGCUCUCACGCGCCUCAUGCGACACCUUUUUGGGGAAGAUUUGGAGAUCCGCUGGGUGGACUGCUACUUCCCUUUCACACAUCCCUCCUUUGAGAUGGAGGUGCGCUUCCAGGGAGACUGGUUGGAGGUGCUGGGCUGUGGGGUGAUGGAGCAGGAACUGGUCUGCUCAGCUGGUGCUGGGAAUAAGAUGGGUUGGGCUUUUGGUCUGGGGCUGGAGAGGCUGGCUAUGGUUCUGUUCGGGAUCCCUGAUAUCCGACUUUUCUGGAGCGAGGAUGAACGCUUCCUCAAGCAGUUCCGCCUGUCUGACAUCUAUCAGCCCGUCACCUUCCAGCCUCUCAGUAAGUACCCACCGCUCUUCAAUGACAUCUCUUUUUGGCUGCCGGCCGAAGGUUACACAGAAAACGACUUCUAUGACCUGGUGCGCAACAUCGGAGGAGACCUAGUGGAGAAGGUCACGCUGGUGGACGAGUUCACACAUCCAAAGUAA